ACGAACUUUUGUAUGCUAAAGGAUGUGUGGAUUAGCUUGGUUAGCUUACUGCUUGCUGCAGUUGUUGUGGGGUCUCCUGUCUCAUGAGUUUGUGCACGGGUCAGGGGCUCUGCUGUGUGUCUGUGUGGACAUCUUGUGUGCCGCUGUAGCAUUUAUAUGAGUGUGUAUUUUUUUCUUUAGUCUUUAGUGGAGGGAGAUUCUGUUUGCCGUGGACUGUGUGUGACGCCCUGUUUUUGUUUUUUUUCCAAAAAAAGGUAUGUCUGUUAUGAGUUUUUUUGGCUUAGUUUAUUGUAUAAAAAAUAUAAAAAGAAUUGAUGUGGGUGGGAAAUGUGUAUUGCUGCACAUUUAAGGAUCCUUUUUCUUAAUAUAUAUUAUUUGCUGAAGUAUAUAUUUUAUAUACUGUGUUCUAUUUAAUUAAUUUAUUUCAGACUAUUCUAUGCUUUAUUUACCUUUAUUAUUAUUAUUAUUAUUUCCAUUUCCACAUUCAAACAUGUAUAAUUGAAUUGAGUGAGCACUGACGCUCGGAGCUGUGGAGAGAGAUUCCGUUUGCCGUGGACUGUGUGUGACGCCCUGUUUUUGUUUUUUUCCAAAAAAAGGUGAAUAAAUCCCCGUGAUUCAACUCCGGUGUGUGUGCCUCACUAAGAAAAUACACAACGCAGAACGCUGACUUUUACAAAAUGGUGCCGUGACCUGUAUACUUCAGAUCAGCUGCUGCAGAUCGCCGAGGUUAUGCUGUGAGCAACUUCAGUGAGCACUGACGCUCGGAGCUGUGGAGAGAGAUUCCGUUUGCCGUGGACUGUGUGUGACGCCCUGUUUUUGUUUUUUUUCCAAAAAAGCCUUUUCUCCCCCUCCCUCACUGUCCCCCUCCCUCACUCGCUCCUGUGUUCCUUCUCGGAGCCGACCUCUACUGUAACGAACCCCUGGCAUCACUGCAGAGCACUGAGGAGAGCAAUAAAACUGCAUCAGACAAGGUGAGGAUGAUUCAUACGCGAUUGCUAGCAGAAUUUCACCUGAGGACAGUUAGGACAAUGUUUUUCCUUGCCACAAUUUGUCUUCUCGGCUUGGCAUCAGCUCAAAGGGUGAUUCAGUUGUCCUACUGCUCAAUAGAUGAGCACCACGUCCGGCUAGAUUGCAAAUAUUCUCUCCCCGCUGAGUCACCGGAAGCCUUUUGCAAGUACACGCAAGGUGAACGACUCCUGGACACCACCAACCCCGAGGAGGAGCAGCACGCCCCCUUCAAGAAUCGCGCCAAAGCUCGCCUUUUCCCGGGCAACAUCUGCCGCCUGCUGUUUAAGAACCUGCCGAAUGGCAAGUCCAACUUCACGUGCAACAUCAAGCAGGGUGACUCGGCUACGGCGUCCAAAACCUCAGUCGUGGAGAAAAAGCUCCUCCUUCCGUGUUCUGCACAGAGUGUCCUGUUACAAAGCUGCAGUGGCCUGAUGUUGGCUUUGAUGACAUUUCCGGUGCUGCUUGCAUUUCAACGGCUGUGAAACGCCCGAGCACCUGGUGGCGGCCACCAGACUCCCACAGCUGUGUGCUGACACAAAGUAUAUCUACUGAACACAUGCUACUGCAUUUACUGUAGCACUAGCUGAGGAAUAUAUAUAUAUAUAUAUAUACAUAGGAAAUGUGAUAUAGUGAUUCUGUUUCACAAAAUUUAGCUCAGGUUUGAACUCCAAAUGCCAAAUACAGUAGAUGAAGGUUGACCUCAUCAUAACAUGUGCAAGAAUGCAUGACACACGAGGUAGAGUUCAAUCAAAUAUAUUUAUGAAUUACUAUCUGCAGUAAUGUAGGGAUGUUUACAUGCUCCUGUAGCUGACAGUAGAGCUGGUGUGUAUAUCUAAAGCACAACGACGCACGCAUGCAAGCAAUGCAUGAGACCUGCCAUGUUUGGACUUACUGUAAGGUGAAGGCCAUCUUCACUGGUAAAGAAAAUGCAAACUACGACUGGUAUGAGGGAUGAGAAGCACAGUUUGUUGUCUUAGCAGUAAUGUGGGCUGUUGGAAAAUGUGAGUGUUAGACAUUAGUCAAAAGUACAAUGUGCUUUUGUGUCCACUGAUGUGAGAUUAAACAUUAUAUUGUAACCUUUCUUUUUCCCCGGUCCUUGUGAAUGUUGCAAAAUUAUCUUCACUGUGUUCCAUUUUCAGUCCCUUCAGGAUUUCACAGGCUUUUUUUUUAUGAUUGUAGAUUCUUGGCAGUUUUUUCAGGAACUUGCAGCAAAAGUAGCAAUUGUUUGAGGCUUUUUUC